AGAAAAUGAGCCUCAAGAGACAGAAAUUCAUGGGCUUUGGAAGCAGCAAGAUUAGUAAGCAGAUGGUCAAAAACUUCCCAGAAGGAUUCUUUGGAGGCAAAAGGAAAGGGGAUUCAAGGAAUUUUGGAUUAGUGGAGGGACAAAAGAAUCCUAGGAGUUGUAUUGAUACAGGGAAAGCGAAUAUCAAAAGGCACUGAAUUAGAUUCAGUGAUCCUACUAAAAGAAGGCAAAAGAUUCCUGUUAUUGAAAAUAAAUUUGCUUCUGUAGUAAAGCCUGAAGAAAUGAAUAAUCAACUAGUCUCUCCUUCGGAGAGCGAUUCUAGUCUUCGAAAUUUUAUCGAUAAAAAGAAGAAAAACAUGGCUUAUCCACAAGAUAAAAUACCCUAUUUUCCAGAAGAUGCAGACAAAAUUGAUAAAUAUAACUCUCAAAUAAAUAACAAUGACGAGAGAUGAGGACAAAAUCAAUUUUUAUACUUAUAAACUAUCCACAAAAUAGAGUAAAUAAUCUUGAUUAUAAGGAGAACUUAGCUGAAGGGCCAUUUCAAUCAGCUAAAAAUACAAGAGUUAAUAGAAAGGUUGGACUUAAUACACCUGGAGUUAAUAAAGUUCAACCACAUGUAUCAUACUUAUCAGUUUCCAACUUGAAAAGGAAUCCUUCAAUAAACAAUGUUAUCACUAAGAAUUCCUCAGCUAUCAAGAAGUCAAGUUCAAAUCCGAGGGAUAGCAGAGGGUCUUACAUUAAGCAGAAUGCUAAGCUAUUGCUUGCUUUGAAGGCAGAAACCCCAUCCUUAACGUUUGGUCGGAGUAGAAGACAUGCUAGUAAUUAUAUCAGCAAUCAUGCAAACUUUACUUCAGAGAAGGACAAAGGAUAUAUACUCCCGGUUCUUCAAAAGAGAUCAAGAAGUGAUACAAAAAGGGCCCAUUCUGAGUCUCCUAGCAGGAACGCAAAUGCUAAUAGUGUUGUUAAUAACAAGGAUGAUAUUCUAAACUCUAUGAAGUACAACUUCGUUGGAAAUCAGGGAGCACCCCAAAAUGUGAAAGUUGAGAAGCCUCUAUUCCUUAAAGGAUACACUAAAUCGCUACAAAGGAGUAAUAGCGAAAAUAGGAUGAGAAAUAUCUAUAAAAAUAGCAUUAUUCACAAGAAGUCCCUUAACGACGAUCCAGAUGUGUUUAAACAAAUUGACUUUGAUAAGUUAAAUUCUGAAAAGAAACCUAAGUCUGGACUGCAAGGUAUUAGGAGAGAUACUCUGGGCACAAAGACUUUGUGUCAUAAUAUCUUUGGAAUCACAAAUAAUGGAUCCGCAAACCUCAUUACCCAAGAAAAUGACGUGGGAGGUAUGGAUGAGAGUCCAAACCCCAUUCCUUUUAAUAUUGCCAAGCUUAGCAAUCCUUCACAAGAGUGCUCAGAAUAUAGUGAUGAUGUAGUCUCAAAGUACAACUGAACUUUCUUUCCUAAAGAUAUCGAAAAUGACAGCCAAGGAAAUUUAAUGACUCGAGUUGGCAAAGAUAUUCAAGCGAAACAACCAUGGGAAGAAGAAAUUAAGAAACAAAAUGAUAAAACUAGUGGUUUAGAGCAAGAUUGAGGAUUUUUGGAAGGAGCUGAUGAGAGGAAGGAUGCUAAAGAGGUAGUUGAAGAUGAAAAAAACAAAUCUUUAUUUAACCCGUUUGAAGUAGCAAAGAAUCCUAAAAACAGGAAUAAACAGCUAGAGUUUGUUAUUGGGAAGAGUAAAUCAGAUUUGGGAAUGGCUGAUGGAUUUUUGAGUAAGGUGCAGAACUCUGUGAAUUCUCCUCCAAAUAGGCAUAGCGAAGUCCAAAGAUACAAUCAUAAUUAUACAAGGAUGAAUUAUAAAAGUGACCCCAAUUCAUUUAAAUCUGAUGAGGUAGCCACAUCCAAGUGAUCAGUUUCAAGCAAGACUAACAAAGAAGCAUCAACGUAUAUAUUAUAGAAAACUCAAGCAUGUCUCAAACCCCAUCACAGCGCCAAAAGUUUUCAGCCUUAAAAGACUCUCCUGCCACUACGAAGGACCCCAACAACCCCUUCUCUCCAUUCAACAAUCACCACUAACCCACCUUCCCUAAUCUAACAUCUUUCUUAUUUCCAC